AUGGUUCCUCCUCCCCUUUCCCUCCCCCUCCUCCGUCUCGAUCUUCUGCUCUUGCUGUUGCCCUUCUGUCUCCGCAUCUCCUUCCCUCAUGCUUGUCCUCGUCACUUGCUCAUCGUCUGCUGCAGGAAACUCUUCCUCUCCUCCCCUUCCUCUCCCCUCCUGCGCCUUCAAGUCUGCGGCUCCUCAGUCGCUCGUGCUGGAACCCUCCGCCUCCGCCUCGAGGAGAAGCUGGCGGCCUUCGAUGACGCCGCCUCCUACUGGGAGGUGUUCCGCGACCCCAAGGCGUUGAAGAGAAUGACGGAGCUCGGGGAAAUGGCGGGGGCAAGCAAGGCUGGAGGUGGCGGGUGA